AUGGCUUGGUUCGGGGGAUCCAGCAGGUGUAUGGACAAAUUACCAGAGAUGGCCCUUAUCGACGCCAGCUACACUAGCUUCUACCCACAGUCCCAUCUGCCCCUGAGCGUCUUGCUUGGAAGCAAGGUGUAUCUGGAAGUGCAGCUUGUAAACCCUCCUAACCCCAGUGUAGUUCUGCUGGUCCACUACUGCAUCGCCUAUCCCCGGUCCUCUCACGCUGCCUGGGUGAUCAUCUAUGGAGGUUGUCCAAACAUCCUGGAUUACAGCAGUGCUGCUGGCCUCCAUGUCAAAUACAAUAACAUGCCUGUAUCCAAGCACACUCGACGCUUUGAAAUAGAAAUCUUCCAGUUCCUGGACUACAAGACCAAGCAGCGUUUGGAUGAGGAAAUCUAUUUCAUGUGUUCAACCGAAGUGUGUUCCCCGGAACGUCGUGUUUGCAAUGAAGGAUGCUUUGAUGGAAGAGAGAUGCCUGUUCCCACAUCAAGAUCUGCUGGAGGGCGCUGUGCAGGAAAGCCCUGUCCUGGGAAAUCAAACGUAGACAAGCGAGCUGCUCCUGGUCAUGCUGGCUUCAUCGCUGUCAGCGAAGGAACCUUCACUUUGGAUGAGAUUGUGCCCCAUGAACAAACGGGCAAGUGA